AUGCUUUAUCUGGUCCACUGUCAAUCCCACUGGAGUGAAAACUUUGCCCUUCUCCACUCACUCUGUGGUAAUGGACAGACACUGUCACAGUGUUGCUGUGACAGUUACAUCUGUUCAGUGUCAUCACCAGCAGUUUCAUCUGUUUCUGUUUGUGCUUGUUCUGCAGGUGUGUUUGGUGCUGAUGAAGAAAGAGUGAAGGCAGUGAGAGAGGGAGACUCUGUCACUCUAAACCCUGAUCUGACUCAAAUACAGGGAUUUACUGAGAUACAGUGGUGGUUUAAAGGUCAGCUUUUUGCUUAUACUAAUGGAAGGAAUCACGAAUAUCCUGAAAAUGAGAGAUUUAGAGACAGACUGAAGCUGAACCAGAAUGGGUCUCUGACCAUCACCAACAUGAAAACCAAACACUCUGGACUCUAUAAACUAUGGAUCGAACUCAACACUGGGCCCUUAACUUUGGAUUUCACUGUCACUGUCAAUGAGUCUCCAUCAGUUAUUGAUGCUGUUAAAGGAGAAAUGAAGUUUGAAUCGGUGAAGGAGGGAGCUCCAGUCACUCUUCAGACUGAUGUUAUACAGCUAAACGGAGAUGAGCUGAUAGUGUGGAGGUGUGGAGAAGAAGGAAAACUCAUCGCUAAAGCUGAUAUGGAGGCUAAGAGCUCACCAUUAUAUGAUACUGAUGGGAGAUUCAGUGGAAGACUGGAGCUGGAUCAUGUGACUGGAUCUCUGACCCUCACAAACACCAGAACCACAGACUCUGGACUCUAUAAACUACAGAUCAGCAGCAACCAACAGAUCUUAUACAAGAGAUUCACUGUUACUGUCAGUGAACCAGAUCUGUCUCCAGGUGCUGUAGCAGGGAUUGUUAUUGGUGUUCUAGCUGCUGCGGCUGCUGCUGUUGCUGGUGGUGUAGCUGGAGUGAUUUACCAUCGCCGCAAGACCCCCACCAGGACCAGGCAAACCUUCCUACAAUAUCUGAUGUCAUAAACCAGCACAGCAACAGCAGCCACGCCCACCACUGCAGAGACGACCAAUCGGAUCGCAGCUUCAAAAGUUUCACAACAGCGGGUACAGUCUGAAAAGUAAAGGAUCACU